AUGAAUCCUUUUGAAGAGGAAAAUCCAUUCGAUGUAAUACCAAAUAAUAAUAAUAAUAAUUUUAAUAACAAUAACAAUAGCAAUAAUAAUAAUUAUAACAAUGUUAAUAAUGAUAUUAAUAAUAAUAAUAUAAAACAACAACCUAUUUAUAAUACUAAUAUUGAUGGUGCAAAUAAACAACCAACAAAAGAAAAUACAUUUAUAGACCCUCUUUCAAAUAAUAUUAAUAAGCGUGCUAGUCUGUCAGUAAAACCAUUACCAUCACCGCCAACCCAAAAAAAAAAAGAAACCAAUAUAAAUAGAGAUGAUGAAAGUAAUCCAUUUUUAACAUCAGAACCACAAAAAUCUUCAACAAAUAACCCGGAAGAAUUAAACCCAUUCAUAACAUCAAAAAAUAAUAAUAAUCAAGAUGAAAAUAAUCCUUUUUUAGUAAAUAAUAAUAACAAUAAUAAAAAUAUUACUGAUAAUAUCAAUAAAGAAACACAAAUAAAUAAAGAUGAAGAAUUAAAUCCAUUUAUAGCAUCAGAGCCACCAAAAUCUUCAUUAAAUAAUUCAAACUCUUCAUUUAAAAGUAAUAAUAUUAAUAAUAAUAUUAUUAAUAAUAAUAAUAAUAAUAAUAUUCAAGACCAAGAAUUAAAUCCAUUUUUAACAAAAGAGAUAAAAAAUAACAGUGGACCAAAAAAUAAUGAUGAUGAAUUAAACCCUUUUUUAAAUCAACCAAGCGAUAGCAAAAAACCAUUACCACCACCACCAGUACAGCAACAGCAACAACAACAACAACAACAACAACAACAAAAUAAUUUUCAAUCAUCUUUUGAAGCAGCACCAAUACAAACACCAAGCUUUGAUAUUGACACCUUAAUUAAAAAUAUUAAACAUCAAAUGAAUAAAGAUUUUGAAAACAAAGAAUCGGGUUAUAAGAGCAACAUUAAACAACUAAGCCAACAAAAUGACUCAUUAAAACUUUCAUUGGAUGAAUUAAAUAAAAAAUUUAUGCAACUAUUAGAAAAAAAUGAAGAGUUAACAAAUACAAAUCAAUUUAUAAAUCAACAUAAAACUCUUAUAGAUGAUAGUCCAAUUAAUAGCAACACAUUUAAUUUAAAUCAAGAAAUCAAGAGAUUAAAUAGUUAUAAAACCUUUAGAGAUAAAAAAGAACUAUUAAAGAAGGCGUAUCAGUCAAUGGACAUGGACUCUACUUUGACGAUACUUCAUUAUAUUUAUAAUACUCUUAAUGCAAGCUUGUUUAUCAAUAUGGUUCAAUCGAUAUCAAGUGAUCUCUUUGACAUGUUUUUAGGUUAUCUUCGUAGGAUCGGAAAAUUCAGUGAUGUCAUCGCUUUACAAAAACAGAUCAACCAAAGAAAUGAAGAAAUUUAUAUAAAUUUAUUUUUAGCACUUCAAGAGAAACAAGAUAUGAACAGAAGAGCUUUGUUGCUUACUCAAUGGUUUGACUCAUUUAGCCAUAUGGUAUCAAAAGAAAAUGGAACCAUUUAUCAAAGCUUUGAAGUAAUAUUAAAACAAGUAGAAGUUUUCCUCUCUGUAUUAAAUAGACAAACAAAGAUUGAAGAAUUUGAUAGAUCUUUGGAAGCCAAAGGAGAUAUCGUUUUCAGCAAAUUAGAAAUGAGAGAGACUUGCUCUCGUAUGAUCGAGCCGGAUGAAAGAAGAUACGAAUGUUGUAUGCAAUAUCAAGUAUAUUCUGUCGCUUUAGAGACUCUGGUCAACAUGAAACAAUUAAAAAGAGUUAACCAAUUAAGAAUAAAACUAAUGGAAAAUGAUCUGCUAACUUUAAUAACAAAACUAGACGAAGUUUUAUCAAAUCCAAAAAUAAAGUGGAAAUAA